AACCCCUUGGACAUAAAACCCUUUGUAAAACCCUAGUCUUACGCCAUAGCCAACAAUUCUGCUCUUGCUCUUGGUUUUCUUCCCCAACCAACCUUCUAGUCUUUGUUCUGUUGUGUGCUCCUCCUUCCAAUGGCGAAGCGCUUGAUUCCACUUUUCAACCGAGUUUUGGUGGAGAAAAUCAUCCCUCCAUCAAAAACCACCACUGGCAUUUUGCUACCUGAGAAAUCAUCCAAGCUGAAUUCUGGAAAAGUUCUUGCUGUUGGCCCUGGCAUUCACAGUAACGAUGGGAAGCUCGUCCCUGUGACUGUAAAGGAAGGUGACACUGUUCUAUUGCCUGAAUAUGGGGGAACUGAAGUGAAGCUUGAUAACAAAGAGUAUCAUCUGUAUAGAGAUGACGAUAUACUGGGGACACUGCAUGAUUGAUGUCAAUCAUUGGCGGAGCCUUGUGGUCAUUCUGUCUUUUGAUGUUUUUAUAUAUGAUGUCUACAAAGCAGGAUGCUAUUUUUCUGCAACAAUUGGUGAAUCUUUGUCGUCUACAGAUUAUCUCGUUGCGUUUUUAUUUAAACCAUUCCGUUAAGGGUUAAAUGAAAAUGAACUAUUGAGAUUUAAAUUUUAUCUAUCUUGAUCUA